UCUGAGUUUUGGAGGGGGCUACCUGGUGUAAAUAAACCCAAAUUUGACGUUUUGCAGAUAACGACAGCGUUCGCGUAUUCGUGUUUAAGACUGGUUGCACCACGGAGGGAAAAUGUCGACUGACGGAAAUAAAAAACAGUUCUGGAAAAGAAACGCAGCGAAGGUUCCUGGCAGCAUUCAGCAUGUGUAUGGCGCACAACAUCCACCUUUCGACCCACUCCUCCAUGCUAAUCUGAUUAAAGCAGGCAACAAACCUCCUCCGGCCACACCAGGCAAGCCCAAGAAGGCUACCACCUUUCAAGAGUUUGAGAGUAUCACAAGUGACGCCUGGGAUGUUGGGGAUGAUGACGACGAGCUGCUGGCCAUGGCUGCCCAGAACCUUAAUAUUGAGGUAGUCAUGGAGACAGCCAAUAAGGUCAUCGAGAAUCACAGCAAGCAGCAGGAGCGACAGAGGCAGGAUGACACGACAGAGCUGGAACAGAGAGAUGAGGACACGCAGGAGGACGUGGCAGAGGACGAGGAGGAGGACGAAGAAGAUGAGGAGGACAGGGUGGGGGAAGGAGACGUGACCAGCCCAGAGGUCUCGUUUGCCUCCCAGAGCAGCCCUUACACUGAUGGCCGCCUUGUAAAGUCCCAAAGCGAAGCUCCAAUUGGGUCACCUAAAGAUUCAGCAGGUGAGCAUGCAGCCCUCCACAGACAACGGUCUCUGCCCCACCGGCCGCCCGUCAUCCCUCUAGUCGCUCGCAUGGCUGACCAGAACACAUCUGGCACCCCGGCCAUGACCGAGAGGGAAGCAUCCCGUCUGGAUAAAUUCAAACAGUUGUUGGCUGGGCCCAACACAGAUCUAGAGGAGCUACGGAAACUCAGCUGGUCUGGAAUCCCACGACAGGUCCGACCGAUAACGUGGAAGCUCCUUUCAGGUUACCUACCAGCUAACGCAGAAAGAAGAGAGAGCGUCUUACAGAGGAAGAGACAAGAAUAUUUUGGCUUCAUCCAGCAAUACUACGACUCCCGCAAUGACGAGCACCAUCAGGACACAUACAGACAGAUUCACAUUGACAUACCGAGAACUAAUCCCCUUAUUCCUCUCUUUCAACAAGCUUCUGUCCAAGAGAUUUUUGAGCGGAUCCUUUUUAUCUGGGCCAUCCGCCAUCCGGCCAGCGGCUACGUGCAAGGCAUCAACGACCUGGUCACGCCGUUCUUCGUCGUCUACGUCUUUGAGUACAUCGAGGAGGAAGUGGAAAACUUUGAUGUGUCCAGUCUCCAAGAAGAGGCACUGAGGAACAUCGAGGCUGACAGCUUCUGGUGCAUGAGCAAACUGCUGGACGGCAUCCAGGACAACUAUACAUUUGCCCAGCCAGGCAUCCAGAGGAAAGUCAAGGCCCUGGAGGAGCUGGUCAGCAGGAUUGAUGAGUCUGUGCACCGCCACAUGCAGCACUAUGAGGUGGAGUACCUGCAGUUUGCCUUCCGCUGGAUGAACAACCUCCUGAUGAGGGAGCUGCCGCUGCGCUGCACGAUCAGACUGUGGGACACCUACCAGGCUGAACCAGAGGGCUUCUCCCAUUUCCACCUCUAUGUGUGUGCUGCCUUCCUGGUGCGGUGGAGGAAAGAAAUUCUAGAGGAGAGGGAUUUUCAGGGCCUGAUGAUCCUCCUGCAGAACCUCCCCACAAUGCACUGGGGCAACGAGGAAGUGAGCGUACUGCUGGCUGAAGCCUACAGGUUGAAGUUUGCCUUUGCUGACGCGCCCAACCACUACAAGAGAUGAUAAGCGUGGCUCUGUGCAGCGGCUCCCCUUCUCCUCCCGUUCUUCCUCCUCCUCCUCUUAUUCCUCCUUUUCCUUCCCUGCAGUCGUCUACUGAACUUCGAGGCCUCUAUUCCGACAGGGAAGGACCUCCUUUUUUUUUUUUUUUUCUUAACCUCCCUUUCCUAUAUCGCCCAAUGGGCCUUUCAGCUACUAAGAGAUUUGAAUCAGCCAAUGACUGGGAGGACAUGCGGUGUAGCAUUUUAACAUGUUGAUGUGGAGCCUUUUUUUAAAUUAUUUUUCUCUGACCAGCUCUGAAAUGUGCACUCCAGUUCAGUCCACCCUCUUCAUCAUUGAAGAACACAACUUUUUUUUUUUGUUGUGCAACCUCAGGCCUGAUGCAGGACCAUGAGCUCAGCACCGCCGGGAGUGUAGCCUGGCUCAGAAUUUUUUUUUCUGAAUAGAUCAAAUACCAUGGCAAUACUUUGUUUUGUUUUUUUGUUUCCUGAGGCCAAAAUGUGACCUUUUUUUCAGUUCGCAAAGACAAAGAAAGAUGGCAAAAGGGCACUGCACUAGAUGGUUUACAUAUCUGAGUGUGCUCUCUUAGUCACAACACCACCUAAAGGAACAUGACCUCUCCUGUUGUUGUUUUUUUCUCCUACUGCGUGCCAGGAGGGACACAGUGUGUUUGCCUUCAACACACUAGGACUAUACAGAGAGAGAGAUUGUCAGUCUGUGAGGGAAACAUGUCUCCCUCCUUCUACAAACCACACACAUCAACUCAACCCACCCCUUUAUCCUGUCCUCCCACACACACACUGCAACGUCACAGUGUUUGAGCGCAAGACGAACACUCGCAAGAGUCUUGAAAACGACUUCACAGAAAGCCAUUUGGAGGAAGGAAGCUACUUAUUCCCACUUAACCUGCUUAUAUAUAUGAAGGGCAAUGUCUCAUCUAUGAACCACCCCUCCUCUCUGAACCCAGGACUACCUCAGAACACACAUGUAGUGAGAAGUAGAAAUCCACACAUGCAUUUGCGCGUUAAAUUGUGAACACAUCAGUGCGGGGUCAAAAAUUGAGUUCAGAAAUGGAAUCAUUGUCAUGGAAGUUUGAAAAAAAAGUGCUUCUUCACAGGGUUGUUUUUGAAGUGAAGAUCCAAAUGAACAAUUUUGCCUUAAUUAAGAUACAUACUGUCUUUGUUUACUCUUCCUCUCCUUCUGUCUUCGGGGCCCUGUUUUCAUGGACGCACAAAAAAUGUGGCGUGCAACGUUCCAAUAUGUCGUCCGUUGGUUUGGUGUAGGCGGAAAGAGUUUUUGAUGUUUUGCUGGGAAAAGGCUUCAGGAGUCACCCGUUGACUCCAACAGCAAGCACACGUGUAAAGUAAAUGUGCAUCAGUUACUGAUUUAGUCCACAUAAAGCAAAACACUUUGAUUACGUGCUCUCCAAACACUAGUUCCACCUCAGAAAUUCAACUUUAAUUCAAGUUAUUGAAAACCAACUGCGCUGAGCCCAACUUUACUCAGUGAUUUUUAUUAACAUGUCAUCCACAAGGCCUUCAUUGUCACCUCACUUUAAUAAAUAUAUAAGAGCAGCAGGUGCACAGGCUUUUUGGAGCCUCUGUUAGGUCUGGGCGAUAUGAUGAUGUACAGUCAUGGAAAAAAAUAUUAGACCACCCUUGUUUUCUUCAAUUUUUUUGUUCAUUUUAAUGACUUGUACAACUAAAGGUACAUUUGUUUGGACAAAUAUAAUGACAACAACAAAAAUAGCUCAGAAAAGUUUCAUUUAAGAGCUGAUAUCUAGACAUUUUCCAUGGUUUUCUUGGUCAUGAUUUUGGUGAUCGGGUGUCACAAUUCUCCAAAUUCACGACAAAAUUGGACUUUGAAAUUUAAAAAAAAUUCAGCACUAUAUGCUUUAUGACAUAUAGUCUAAGAUCAACAUAUUAUUUGUUUUAUGCCCUGAGAACUGUCAUUUACAUUUUCAAAGGCCAAGGCCAACUCGAAUGAGCAGCUUGUCUUGUAAAUAGCAGUUCCACCUUAAAGGGCAGUCCACCUUAAGUGAGCCUGGGCUUAAGUUGCUGCUGUCACUUUAAUCAAGAAUCAAGACAUCGAAACAAAUCGCCAGCCCUGUUUUUGGUUUUAGUGAUUGAAAUUGAAAGCUAAUUUUGAUCGAUUUUUGAUGUAGUAUUAAAAUCAUGACCUUUCGAGUCAAAACAACAUAAAUAUGUAGAUCAUAUAGAUUCUACUAUAUCUUUUCUAUUGCAGUGUCGAACAAAUUAACUGUGUUAUGGCAAUAUUUACAUCAUCUGGGCAACACUUGACGUUCUCCUGGCACGUGGGUGCACUGUUUUGCUAACAUAGGUUAAUAAAUAUACCAAAUCAGACUUCACCAUGUGCUUUUAAUAUAUAACUUAUUUAUUUACAGACUUAUCGGAAAACAUGCUAUAUCAUGAUAUCUUUAUCGAGAAAUUAAAUUAUUAUUAUCGGUACAUCAGAUUUUGGCCAUAUCGCCCAGCCCUAGCCUCUAUAAUUAAAGAAGUUAAAGAAGAAUUACACGUUUGAUCCAUCACUUUUCUAAUUAGAUCAUGUUUAACUAACACCAAUCCUGUUCCUAUAUCCUCCAUGUUCUCAUAAAAACCCACAGGUAAUCAGGGUGUAGCUGAGGCCCCAUUGUCAUUCAUUGCCUGUUCUAGCAAAAAUGAGUUAUUUUUUUAAAAUGUAUUUUUAAUUUCAGGGACAGAAACUUUUGCUGUAAAUAAAAUCACAAUGGAGUAGAGCAGAGUCAUGGCUUUAAAUGUCGUAAUAUAUGACCGGCUUAACAGAUAAUAACCAUGAAACUCACCCUUUAAUGUAAAAUAGUUCUGCAGAAGGUGCAUUGAAUCAGAAGCUUGUUCUCAUUAUUCCACAUGACGUACAGUAGCUUUGUCGUUGUCUUGUCUGUGCUGCUCUGUUCAUAUAGAGCACAUGGGAAGUCUUAUCCAAAGCCAGUAGCAUCAUAUUGGUGUAAUGUUGGGAGGAGGGGGGCGGGGAUAAUCAGACAUUCAUGACAUAACACAAAGCUGUUAACGUCUGGAGCCUCCUGUCGCGACUCCGCCAGGAUCCAUUAUUGUCACCCCAGCCCUCAAAGACGGUGUGCGUAGGUGUGUGAAGGGGAGAUGGAAGCAGAGGGGGACGGGGGUUUGUGUUGCUUUUGUAACUUUCAGCGCUUUUUCUGUGAGAGCUGUCAGUCUUUGAUCACACUUGGGAUCUUUUUUACACAAUCUGCACCAGUUUCACAAGCCCCUCAUCUCCCAUGCUCUCUGACAAGGAAAAACUGCACUUAAUUUAAAAGUCUAUAGCCUUUUUUUCCCUCCCCCUCUCUCUUUCUUUCUCUCUCUCUCUCUCUCUCUCUCUCUCUCUCUCUCUCUCUCUCUCUCUCUCUCUCUCUCUCUUUUUGUAUGAGAUUUAUUCUUUCAAUCAGCAUUUUAAAGAUUUUUCUUUCUCAUUUUUUGGCUUUUAUUUUUUUAUGCCGUUUACAUGACAAGCCUAUUAAGUUGUGCCUGAACUCUGGAGACAUGAGACAACAUCUUAGUUAUGUUUUUUGACCUCAAAUGAACUUGAAAGGUUUUUAGAUUUCUGAAAGCAAUAGUAUGACAUUUUGAAUUUGCUGUGAAGAGACAGAUUUUUCUUUUUUUUCUGCACAUCUAUUUUUAUCCACCAACGUGAACUGUUUAAUAACACUCUGGGCAUUUUAAUAGUUCAAACUUGACGAUUGAUGGUUCCCCUGGACAGCGAUUGUAACUAGGAACAGCAGGCCUGUCAAGAUUUGGAUUUCUCCACAAUUUUUUAUCCUUUCCAAACCAAAAACACAGCUCUAGCUUACUAGCCUAAAGUUACCUUCACAUCAUUAGCUACCUACAUUAGUCUCUGCGGUUGUAGGAUAUAUAUCAAGAUGGGUUGCUUAAGGCAACAAAUAAUGUUGGAGGUUGACAGCUACUACACUCUAUCUGAAUGUGUGUGUGGGUCAUGGGUAGCAAAUCAUUAGAGUAUCUCUAAUUUUGCUGUAAUGUCAUAUGCAGUAAUUCUACCUUAACGAGAAGUAACUGCCUCCUUAGUGGAAAGAGAUGGUUUGAUAAACAAACAUUUACAGGCUACCAAUCUCAAAUUAGCCUGCUGUAACCCACUGUCUACACACACACACACACACACACACACACACACACGUCUCCAUGGUGAUGAAGGCCUAGGUGGCUGGAGCCCGUUUUCUAUUAGCCCACACACACAGACACACACACACACACACACACACACACACACACACACACACAGAAGAGCUUCAAACAUUCUUUGGCGCAUCUUCAGGAGGAUAUCCUUAAGUAACAUUUUCAGCUGCUUUCAUUUUUUUCCCCUCUCGCUCUACUUCACCAGACAUGAAAAUAUGUUUAUGAAACCCAAACCGAAAAAAACCGAAUCCCUCCCCUCAUGUCUUUUGCCUCUUGAGUACUCAGAAAGAAUCUAAUAAUACUAGAGCGUGUGGGUGACAGGAGUUGUGGUUCUUGAAUUUAAAAAUGUGUACAGAGAAGAUUUUGAAACAAAAAUCUGUAAAUAGAAAGUGUAAAUAAAUCCUAUAUAUGACAAAAUUGCUUUGAAUGAGACGUCGUGUUGUGUUUGUGUUUUCUUCGAGUCUGUGAAUAUUUACUAAGUAAAUAUUACAGUUCAGUCGAGUCAUGUUAUGAUGUGUUUCAGUGAUCUGUCCCCCAG